AUGACCAACUUUAAUCCUUUGUCCAAAAUUCUUGACGAUAAUCGUUUGACUGGAUCAGACUAUGUGGACUGGAAGAGAAAUUUAACAAUUGUCCUCACUGUUGAAAAAUUGAACCAUGUCCUAACCACUAAUCCACCUGCGCUUCCUGAGGCGGAUGCCACUGAUGAACAACGUGAGGCUGUUAGGAAGUGGCAUGAGGCAGAUGAUGUUGCAAAAUGCUACAUAUUGGCCUCAAUGACCAAUGUGUUGCAAAAGCAGCAUGAGGGUGUUCCUACUGCAAAAGACAUGAUGGUUAACUUGAAAGAAAUGUUUGGAGAACUGAGCAGAAAUUGCCAUCAAAGGUUUGAUGUCCACUAA